AUGCUUCAAACAUCCGCUGCCACUUCCACUUCGGACAACAACAACAACACUAAAAUUCAACAACCAUCGUCAUCUUCAAAUACAACAUCAUCGGAACAACCAAAAUUUCAAGAAAAGGCUCAUGCAUUGAAUCAUGUCUUUGAUGAGUUGGAUUCUAAAUUGAGAAAGGACUCCAACAAGAGUAGCACCAACAACAACACCACAAAUUCAUUUUCAACAGUUAAGAUGCCUCCUGGACUCUCCCUUGAGGACAUGUCUUUUUGGUUAAAUUAUAGACAAGAAAUUGAUUAUUCAAAACCAACACCUUUUGCAUGUCCACCCAUUGGUGCAUCUUAUCAAUAUACCUCUUCGGAGCCUUCGGAACAAGAGAAUCCUAAACGUAAAAUUAAAGCUAAAUCAUCACAGAAAAGAAAACAACAAAAUAAUGCAACUUUGCUCAAUCAUGAUGAUGAUGAUAAUAUUCUUUCAACAAAAGUUUUUUGCAUUAAAAGAAAAAGAAACGAAGAACCUAUUGAAACAUUUUACAUUCCCUCCAUUCAACAAACAAAGAAAACUAAAAUUUCUGACUUGGAAAAGCAUUUAGCUAAUGCAACCAUUCUAGGAGAUGAUUCAUCCAAGAAAAAGGAACAUGAUUUUUCAAUCAGUCCUAAUGUGUCACUUUUCAAAUUCACUUUAUUGAAAACUCCAGAUGAAAAACCUCAAGAAAAUAUUGUAAAGAAAAAACAAGAAGCACACUCAGCAUCGUUAAAACAAACUGCUGCGAUUGAUAGCAAAUCUAAAACAACGGAUAGAUUGAAGAGUCACCAGGAAUCUCUCAAACAAAAACGUCUACUCAGAAUUAAUGAAAAGAGACGAGAGGGCGAUAAGGAAAUUGUGGAAUUUGGUUUUGUUCAGGAAAAACCAAAGAAAACUACUGAGGAAUUACUCUCUCCCUAUGAAUCAUUAUUAAAGCAGGCCUAUGGAAAUGACUCACUUGAAGAAUUGAAAAAGCAUGAACAAGAACAGGAGGAUGAUUUUGAAAUUGAUUACUAUACGGUUGAAACUACAAAUGAAAUGCAAGAUGAAGAUGAACAACCUCAUGCAAACACUGUUUUGAGAUUUGAAAGUUUUGAUGAUCAAUUAUGGCUAGAAAACACACUGGACGAUGGAUUAUUUAAUGACGAGGAUGAAUAUGACUCUGAAGAUUCUAACGCUUCAGGAAAUCCAAAUAAUGACUACCCUGAUGAAGAGGAAGAAGAUGAUGAAUAUUAUGACGAAGACUACUAUGGAGGAAACCAAUACUAUGAUGACGGCGAAGAACAAUAUUAUGACGAAGAUGAAGGGGAUGACGCGGAUGAAGAUUAUUAUUAG